UCUCAGAAGAAAAAAAAAAGAAAAAAACUGGCAAGGUCAGGAUGAUGAAUGAUUGAAUAGUAUUUUGGCAGAAUUGAAGAUUAAAGAGAUAGAGAGUAGUAGGCAGGCAUGGGUCUCUGUGAUGAAGAUAACGUAGUGAGCCAUGUUUGAUUCUGGAGUCUGACGUCACUCUCUCUCUCUCUCUGUGAGGAAACCGUGAUUCAAGGAUCUUUCUCUGAUUUUUGACUUUAUCUCUCUCUCUAUAUAAAGCUCAAGCUCUCUCCAGUAUCAUCGAUAUGUCUACGGCUUCUUGGAUUCAACCUCCUUGUAGAUACUUACCGGAUCGUGGUGGUGGUGGUUUCUCUAAGACUAGCUCUCGCCGACCGCGGCAGUUUCUUUCCGGCGUUGUUUCAGUUUCUUCUUCGCCGUCGUCAUCCUCCUCGUGCUCCUGUGGUUAUUCUGAUAUUUUGGAAUUCGAUUUUGGGUCAAGCAGAAGCUGGAACCAACAGGGACUCAGGGUUCAGGCAAUGAGUGCCACAGCCCAACGGAAUUUUUCCCUUUCGAAAGGGGACAAUGAUGAGAAAAGUGAACCUGAUCAUCUUCUUGUUCUUGUUCAUGGUAUUUUGGCUAGUCCCAGCGACUGGCUCUACGUAGAAGCUGAGAUGAAAAGACGACUUGGAAGAAGAUUCUUGAUAUAUGCAAGCUCUUCUAAUACCUUCACUAAAACAUUUGGCGGGGUUGAUGGAGCUGGAAAACGACUAGCAGAAGAGGUUAGACAAGUUGUCCAAAAGAGCAAGAGCUUAAAAAAGAUUUCCUUUUUGGCCCACUCCCUCGGUGGCUUAUUCGCUAGACAUGCUGUUGCUGUUCUUUACUCAGCGGCAAUUUCACAAGCCAUUGAUGGCACUGUCUCUAAAUCUGGAACUCUUCUGCGAGGUAGGAUUGCUGGGCUCGAACCGAUUAAUUUCAUCACCUUGGCAACACCUCAUCUAGGAGUGAGAGGCAGGAAGCAGCUGCCUUUCCUGUUGGGAGUUCCUAUUCUAGAAAAACUUGCUGCACCAAUAGCUCCGUUUUUUGUUGGUCGGACUGGUAGCCAGUUGUUUCUCACUGAUGGUAAAGCUGAUAAACCACCUCUUCUUUUGAGGAUGGCAUCUGAUAGUCAUGAUCUGAAAUUUUUAUCGUCUCUGGGGGCAUUUCGAAGCCGCAUCAUAUAUGCAAAUGUAUCUUAUGAUCACAUGGUUGGUUGGCGUACAUCUUCCAUAAGGAGAGAAACCGAACUUGUCAAGCCUCCACGCCGGUCUCUGGAUGGAUACAAGCAUGUUGUUGAUGUAGAAUACUGUCCACCUGUUUCAUCAGACGGAGCCCAUUUCCCUCCAGAAGCUGCUAAAGCGAAGGAGGCUGCACAAAGCUCGCCUAGUCCUCAGAACACACUUGAGUAUCAUGAAAUCGUGGAAGAGGAAAUGAUCCGCGGUCUGCAGACAUUAGGGUGGAAGAAAGUUGAUGUCAGCUUCCACUCUACAUUCUGGCCAUACUUAGCACAUAAUAACAUUCACGUGAAAAGUGAAAGACUUUACAAAGCAGGAGCUGGAGUCGUUGCACAUGUUGCAGAUAGCAUAAAACAGCAAGAGUCCUCCACGUUUAUUACCGCCAGCUUAUAAAUUGUGAGCUUCCGAGUGUUUUUGGUUAACGUUGAGUGUGCCGCAACAUUUGAACCAUACAUGUUUUUCUUUUACUUUACAGUUUGGGGAGAUCAGCACAGAUCAAGAAAACGUUCUUGAUUAUUUUUUUGGGUGGCGAAAUCAAAGGAAGUACAAUUCAAUUCAUCUGUACAUGAUUUUCUUGUAUUAGCUUUCUGAUAAUACAACACAUAAAGGUAUUAUUAUAGAUUAAGGUUUCUUGAAGAAAAAAGUUAUAUGUACAACCUAUACUCUUACAUUCCUGCAGUUUUUUUUUUCAAGUGGAUCGUCAA